CACGUGAUCAGCGUACGCACGUUACGUCCUGCACGCGUCGUCCCCGAGUGUGGCUGCGACACCAGCCGAGGCCGAACCGGAACCAACUCCGAUCCAAACCUGCCCGGGGCUCCGGGAGAGCCAGGUGAGGGGUAUCUGAAGCACAAUGUACAAUGGAAUUGGGUUACCUACACCGAGGGGCAGCGGCACCAAUGGCUACGUCCAGAGGAACCUGUCAUCGGUCCGCCAUAAGAAGGACCGCACCGACUACAAGUCCGAGGAAGAGCUGAAGAAGCUGGAAAGUCUCCUGAUGAAGAAACCCAACCAGGAGAUCCUGGACCAUGAGCGCAAGAGGAAGGUGGAGCUGAAAUGUCUGGAGCUGGAGGAGAUGAUGGAGGAGCAAGGGUACGGGGAGGCAGAGAUCCAGGAGAAGGUGGCCACGUUUAGGCUGAUGCUUCAAGAGAAGGACAUGACGGCCAUCAAGGAAGAGGAGAAGCUGAAGGCAAACCUUUCUGAGACCCACCAGCUGGCAGAAGCCAAUGAGAAGAAGAAUGAGCGCCUGCGCGCUGCGUUUGGCAUCAGUGACAGUUAUGUGGACGGGAGCAGCUUUGACCCGAACCGGAGAGCUCAGGAACAGCAACAACAGCAGCAGAAAUCCUACAAUUUAGUUGCGGAUUCGGAAAGUUCCCGCUCUCCGUCUCCAACCAAGCACAAGAAGAAGAAGAAGAAGAAAGAGCGAGGACGGUCUACCAGCCCAACCUCCAGCCAUAAAGAGAAGAAGUCCAAGUCCCGGAAGCACAGGUCACCGAGCCCUAAAAGCAAGAGAAAAGCGAAGGACAAGAAGAGUAAGAGGUCACCCAGCGCUUCUCCAAAACAUCAACACGACUCCUCCUCAGAGGGAGAUAGCCGCUCCCCCAGCAGAUCCAGAAGCAGUCCCGAUAAAAACAAAGGGGACAGACAGAACAAGUCCAGCACCAAAAGACAUAGCCCAGAGAGACUGAGAUCUGUGACUCCUCCCACCCGCAAUCGCAGAGGUGAGAGAGGAAGGAGCCCGGAGCCGCCCCCCAGGGAGAAGGGUUUGAGGAAGGAGCCGGCUACCAGAGACCGUUCGGCAUCGGCGUCGCCUAAAAGGCAUAAUGACCCCCGCGCUGCAGAACGUAAUAAGAGAGACGACAGACCGCGUGACAAGACUGAGAAGAGUUCCUACCGAUCACGUUCCAGAGAAACCUCUCCCGUCUCCAGUCCGGUACCCCGCAAGAGGAGUCGACAGGACAGUCCAAAGGAGCGCACUUCAGAUGCAAAAGGAGUGGAGGGGUCGCGAAGGAAAGAUUCUCCACCACGUCGGCGAUCUCCUGCUACUCAGACACAAUCUUCUAAAGGAUCUAGGAGAGAAAGAAGUCCAUCUCGAGGGCAAGCCUCCCCGGACCGAGCACCCAGGGACAGUUCAUCCAAAAAUGACAAGCGAGUUAGCGGUAAACGCUCGCCACCAGUCCCAAGUAAGACUUCAAAGACUACAAGUUCAUCGUCAUCUUCCUCCUCGUCCUCGUCCUCGUCCUCUUCGUCAGGAAGUGAAACGUCUGAUCAUGAGAAGAUCAGGGAUCUGCGGAAGACUCAGGCUGGUGGCAAGCAAAAUAAAAGUUACAGAGCUGACGCUGGAGAUAAGCAUGAAAAGUCAGCAGUGCAAACCGAGGACAAGAGAAUAACCAGACCCUCGCCAGCUAGACAGACAGACCGAGAAAGGAGGUCAAAGAAAAGUGCUUCUCCUAGUCCUCAGAGACCCCGCAAGUUAAGGUCCCCUCCUGGAAGAAAGCAUUCUCUUUCAAAAAGUCCACCAAGAAAAGGACGAUCAGUAACGCCUCAGCGCAAAGCCAGAUCGCCCUCUACGCCUCCCCGACGUGGGAAGUCCAAGAGCCCAAAGCGCAAACCCCGAUCUCCUCCACCAAAGUCCCCUCAAAAAGCACGGGUGCCAUCUCCAACGCCACCGCGUCUUGCCAGGUCAAAAUCUCCCCAGCGAAGACGGAGAUCCGUGUCGCAGACACCUCCCCGUCACUAUUGCGAUAAAGAGAGAUCUUCCCGUGGCGAUAAACAUCAAUCGGCUCGGCGACGAGACAGAUCCGACAGUCCUAAGAAGAGUGAAGGGUCUCGCGCCUAUUUAUCUAAAAACAGAGCGAGAUCACCAUCUAGGUCGCCAGUUCGCCGUACGAGCCCGAUCACACGUUCUCCGGAAAGAAAGGCGAGGUCACAUUCCCGGUCAUCUGACAGACACAAAAGAUCACGCACUCGCUCACCAGCUAAGAGGGCAAGAUCUGGUUCUCGGUCUUCAAAGCAGAAGAAGCUGUCUAAAUCUGAACAGAAACGGGCAAGGUCUCCUGCGACCUAUCGUGGUAAAGACCGGCGGUCACGGUCUAACUCAAGACGCCAAAGGAAAAAGUCACCUUCUGAUGCUUCUAUGGCUUCCGGAUCACGUAGCCCAAGUCCAGUAUUGUAUGGAAAAAAUAAGUCUCGUUCACGAUCUCCUAAGGAGCAUUCAUCUUCUAGAAUGACGCAAAAAAGAUUGGCGUCUCCCAGAGAUAAACCUCAAUCCUUGAGGAAAAAAUCAUCCUCACGGUCAGUGUCGCCAGUCCAGAAAAAGAUUUCAUCCAGAAAUCAGUCCGAAAGAUCUGUAUCCAAAUCGAGAAGAUCAAAGUCGCCUUCACCUGAAAAAGAUCCAUCCAAAAAAAACGAUAAGAGAUCGGGGUCCGGCAAAAAAAGGUACAGUUCUUCGCCAGAGCCAAGAGGACGUGGUGAUAGACCCUCUGCUGAACAAGAAAAGAUAUACAAGACAUCAGCACAUGCCGAGCCUUUAAAAAACAAGACUGCUCGUGGACAAAGUCCUUCAGCUUCUCCUGUCUCGCAGACAUCACGUAGAAGCAGGUUGACGGAAGAAUCUUCACCUAUUCCUAGUAGAGUUGCAGAAAUCGUCAAGUCUAGAGCAGCGUUGUCCAGGAAAUCUAGCCGCUCUCCUGAGCAUGGACCACUAUCUAAAGAGUCGCACCCAAUGAGUCGUACUCUGGAGGGUAAAUAUGGAUCAUCUCAAAAAGAUGAAUCGAGGACCUCUCUCGAGCGCAAAGGCAAAUUAAACACCUCUCGUCGUAAAUAUAGGUCGGGAUCUUCUUCAGAACGAGAAUCCAGCCCAAAAUCUAAACUCCAGUCUACAGAAGUUAGGGGAAGAUUGAAGCAUGCGUUACAUAAAAAUAGAUCUGGCUCUUCCUCAGAAAGUGAAGAUGCGUCUUCCUCUUCACACAGCAAGGAAAGGUCUGGUUCUUCAACAGAACGUGAAUACAGAGCUAAACCUUUAGCAAAAAGCACUGGUUCUAGAGUUCAAUCAGACGCUAACGGACCUGAGGCAGGGACAAGGCGUACAUCAACUUCUGAACGCAAAACAAAAUUGAAGAGCGGAAGUAGAUCUGACUCUUCAUCGGAACGUGAGGAGAAGUCUAAACUAUCUAAAGUUAGACCUCCGUUAUCAAAUCCAGAAACCAUCUCUAAACUUAAGGACAGACCUGACGGUGCAGCUAAAUCAAUUCUGCCUGCUAAUAGAUCGUUAUCAGAAAAUGAACAGAGAUCGGGGUCUGCAAAGUCCAGUUCAGAGUCUUCUCCAGGAAGAGGGCUUAGAAACAGAUUGACAAAACCCCAAACUGGUUCAGACAGGCAACAGAAAAUUAGGAGGCAGUCACCCAGAUCAAGUUCAAGAUCCUCGUCGGAAAGCAAGUCGAGAAGCAGACUUCAGCCAAAACGAACCAGUUCAAGGUCCUCCUCAGAACAGCAGCCAAGAAGACGAUCCAGAGGUAGUGCAAGUUCCUCAUCAGACCGAUCAACUAAGUUUGAGCUGGCUAGGCAAAGGCGUAGCUCGGGCUCAUCGUCUGAAAGGCCACCCAAGGCUAAGCCGAUUCCCGGUGAAGCCAUUUCUGGAUCCUCUUACCAACGUCCUCAACACAGAUCUAAUUCUUCUUCUUCAGGCUCAAAAUCCAAUAUACAGACUUCUUCCAGUAAUAAAGAGCUUUCUCGUUUAUCCAAACAUGAUCCAGGAUCCCCCCAGUAUAGAGGAAGGUCUGGGUCCUCGGACCACUCGAGAAAAGCCAAUUCUGGCUCAUUUGUAACGGAGCCCAAAGAAAGAUCUCGAAAACGUACGUCCAGCUCUGACACCUCAUCUGAACGAGAUACUAAAGCCAGGUCUUCUCAGAAAAAAUCUCAUUCCGGAUCCCCUGAAAUUCUUACCUCAAGGACACCGCCAUACAAAUCACGGUCCCCUGAGAGUGAAACCAAACCUAAAUCCCCUGAAUAUCAGUCAGCAAAAUCCUUCGAGCCUGAGCACAAUUCAAGGUCUCAGUCUUCCAGAAAUGAUGGCUCUGUUGGUGGCCGUUUGUCUCCAGCUUUUUCAAAGGCCUCUGUCACACAGCGGCUUCAGGUACCACCAGAACCUUCUCCAGAGAAGCAGGAAGAGAUGGACAUUUCUCCCGCUAGAGAGAGAGAUGAAUCUUCUUCAGAUAAAAGAUCUCGUUCAAAAAGCGACUCGUCUUCUGAUGAUGAUUCUCAGGUUGUGCCGAAGCUUGCCACUGGAGUUGCAAAUAAAUUGGCGUUGGAACCGGACCAUAGUAGAAUUUCCAGCAAAGCGAGUCCAAAGCAAACGGAGGAGUGUUCAGAUGUAAAUGAAACCGAAUCCAGGUUGAGCAGGGAUAGGCUGGCUCAUGAAUCUCUCAAGGACUCUCCAAGUCCAGCAAGCCAUGAAAUGUCAAUAAAAGGGCCUGCUUCAUCCGACCACAAUAUGUCCAAGGAUGAGGCCCCACCGAUGGAUGACUCAUCCCCAGUUCAAGAAGUGAAGAAAAGAUCUGACAGAAAAAAAUCCACUUCCUCCUCUUCAACCUCCUCAUCGUCAUCAUCUGCCUCAUCGUCAUCCUCGUCGUCGUCAUCAUCCUCCUCUUCUUCCUCCUCCUCCUCGUCUUCAUCUUCUGAAGAGGACGAUGAUCCAAUUACUUCACCUUCAAAGAAGGUGACUUCUCCCCCUAAAAGACAAGGAACUAGUCCUGAUCAUUCUGCAACUGGUUUCUCUCCAGAGCAAAAGUCCUCUGAAAACGUUGAUUAUGACAAAACAUCGGUGUCAGCUGCUGGAAAAUAUUCAGACGCUGGUCUCCAUAACCAAUCAAAGUCUCCGUCAUCUGCUGAAGUAAAUCAGGAUGACUGCAAAGGUAGUCACAACUCUCCUGUCCAUGUUUUGGAGAUGUCCUCCGAGGUGAAAGCCAGCUUUUCUACUGAUGUGCAGAUGAGCGCACCAAGUUCUGAGAAUGUCCCUCAUCUCUAUGACGAAUGCCCCAGUCCCGUGGCAGAAAGCAAGGCUACUGCAGACAAAUUGCAUGCUUCACCACCACUCGCCAGUCCCAUUCCUCAACCAGUUGAAGGUGGAACAGCUGCAGACGUUGCAUAUCAAAAUGAACAUUCUCCAAAGCCGGCUAGUCCUCUGCCACCACCUGAUUUUUCAGAUGCUCGGGCUGAUUCACUUCAUGUCCAGAUGGACUCCAUGACAACAGAUCAUGAUGAACAAAGUACAGUUAAAAAAUUAUCGGCGUCUCCGCAAACAAACAAAAGCCCCAAGUUCCGCCGUUCCUCCAAGUCCAGUAGCUCUGGUUCAUCUUCAGACGACAGCAGCUCUGAUUCAAGCGAGGACAGCUCUUCAGAAGGGCAUUCGUCACCCGAUCGUUCAAAACCCUCCGAAACGGUCGCCAAGCCAGAUCCUCCACCUAUACGGCGUAUUGCAUCGCCGGCUAAAAGAGAGAAGUCCGAGUCACCGAAGCGUGAAUCAAGGAAAUGGGCCAACAAGGAUAGACGUUCCCAUUCCUCCUCUAGGUCACCAGUGAGCAAGGAAACGCAUCUGCAGAAAAGACGAUCACCUUCAAGGUCACCAGCUAGAAAAAGAAUGUCCAAGACACCACCACGGCGACAAGUUCGGACACCACCUCGAGCUUUUAGAUCCCGUUCACGGUCAAGGACUGAGAGAUACUCAUUUAGAAAUCGCUCAAGAUCAUCUUCUAGACGGUCACCAUCAUGGCACGACCGUAGGCGAUGGGUUAAUCGCAGGUCCCCGUCAUCUCCCAGACAAGGCAAUUCUGGGUCUCAAUCACGGGUUUGGCGUUCUCGGCGUGGUCGUUCUGGAUCAUCUCCUUGGAGAGGCCGGUCAAGAUCUUUAUCAAGACCCGAUUCAUCUCGCUAUUCCCGCCGGGGAAAUUCUAGACCUUCUCCUAGAAGAAGAUCAAGAUCACCCCACAGACGCGAUAGGCCAUACUAUCGGAGGGAUAGGUCUAGUUCUUCAACUAGACGGAGGAGACCUUGGACACCACAGAGGAGAUCCCGGUCACCUGAAAGAAGAGGAAGAUCCCGAUCCUUUGAUAGGUAUAAGAGCGGCAGGGCACCUAGGUACAGCCGUUCCCCAUCACCACCUGGUCGAGGGAGGACUCGUUUGCCAGGUGGGCGAGAACGUUCCAGGUCCCCAAAGAAAGAUAAAUCACAUGUACGACAGAAAAGUCCACGGUCACCAGCAAAAUCUUUCAGUCCUGCCACUAAAGCUCGUCCUGCCUCUCCAGCAAGGUCCAACAUUGUAAAGUCGCCUAUAAAACAUUCUCGGAGAUCGCCAUCGCCACCACAGUUGGAGAAGCAUGCAGUGAGGUUGCCAACAAGCCCCAUGCUUGAAGAGCCCAUUGCACUUGUACCAGCACUUCCUGCCAGCAAGAGAGAGUCUUCUGCGGAGAGCCGGGGUGGUUCUUCUCAUCCCCAGACAGCUCUGGAUGAAUGUAGCCGGUCUCCUCCUAGACUUUUGAAAGCAAAUGAUGCUCCAGAUACUCCUCCAUCUUCCCGAAGUGGAGACAAUAAUUCUGAAAUGGAAUCAAAGAUUGCCGACAACCAAAAAGAUGAGUCGGGAAACACAACUUCUGCCGCCGCUGCUGUAAGUUUAGAUGGAGAGAAGGCCUCCCAUUCACCGGCUCACACUAAUGGAUCGUGUGGACAAGAUGCACCACGACAGGAGAGAUCCUCGAAGAGUCCUUCGGCUUCGAGGUCCGAACCAGAAGAGAGACCUUCAAAGGCCGCCUCCGUGUCUUUGAUUGAGGAAAGGGUCUCCAGCACGCCAGCAGCAGAACCGAAGAAACUGGAGGAGGUGCCUAAAGGAGAACCCCGCCGAUCACGAAGCUCCAGUUCUUCCUCGUCGUCCUCCUCCUCUUCAAGCUCAUCAUCGGGCUCCGACUCUUCAUCCUCAUCGUCAUCUUCGUCGUCCUCUUCAUCUCGGAAAUCGGCAAAUAAAUCCAGGAACAAGAAGGGACCGUCGCCUGGAAGGAGGAGGUGA